CAGCGCUCAUUUGAAGAUUUGCAAGCGGUGGGCCGUCAACAACAUAAGUUCGCUGAAUUUUUGUAUCUUUGGCAACUGAAUUGGCUAGCUGUGUGUAGGUGUGUGUUUGACACUGUUUAGCAGUGUGUGUGUGUCCGUGUGUGCGUGUGUGUGYGCAAUUGCAGCAACAAUUGCAGUUAACCGAGAAAACGACGGCAACAACAAACUGUUAAACUCGUGUAGAAAUAAAAGUGAAGCCGGUUUUCAAAAUUACGCAAAAACCAACAAACAAAAAAAAAAGAGUCAAGCGAAAAUUGCCCACGUUUGUAUAAUUGUAUGUGUGUGCGUGUGUGAGAGCAUUUUGUAUCUGUGUUAAAUCAAGCCAAAAACAAAAACUAUUCAAUUUAAACAAGUUUAUAUUGCCAAUUGUGAAAAGUGUUGUCCGAUUUGACAACAACAACAGCAAAGAAAAAGAAAGAUAUGCAAGCGUUUUACAUUUUACUAACCGUCGCGACGGUCGCACUCGGAAGUGCCGCGGCCGCCACGCUGCCAACAUCCGGCCCCACAAGCGAGCAGGAGGCGGAAUUUGGGACCACCUCCUCUAGCGUCUUAGAGCUAGACACAGCAUCACAGACGCCAUUUGGCGGCAUCGCCACGUGCAGCCUGAGCUCAGCCGAGCUGAAUAUUUGCAUACGCGGGCUAUUUGACUCGAUCGUGCCUCAAUUGAAGUAUCAGGGUCUGUCGGAAUAUAGCAUGGGCUCAAUCGAUCCGUACUUCUAUAAGCGCGGCAUCUUUCGGUACUCGAACGACGGCAUACAGGGCGGCCUGCUCAUAAAGAACAUGGAAAUUUAUGGCAUCAGUGGGCUGAAGGUGAACACCGUAUCAUCCAAUUUCACGGACAGCGGCUUUGUCAUCAAAUUGGGCGUGGAGCUGCCACAGCUGAAGGCCGGCGGUUACUUUAAGGCGGAUGUCAAGUUCGGCGGCCUGCGCCUGGUGCCCAAGGGACCAUUCAACAUUACCAUUGAUGACGUGAAGGCUACGAUUCUAACCGAUGGACACAUUGAGCAGCUGCCCAGUAGCCAGCAGCGUUUGAGUUUGCAUCGCCUGAAUGCGAAUGUGAAUGUUGGCAAUGCUCGGGUCUUGGCCAACGGCAUCUUCUCGGACCGCAAUCUGAAUGCUAUGAUCCUCAAUUUGGUCAAUGAGAAUCUGCCCGAGAUUACGCGCGUCGGUAUUCCCGCCACCCGUGAGCAAUGGGCGCCCAUUUUGGUCGCGCACAUCAACGAGUUCUUUGCACCGGUUCCUAUAGAAAAGCUGUUGGUUCAGUAAAGUGCUCAAGGCUCAAAUUGUUUGCAUUUUGUAGCUAAUUAUUUUUUAGUUAUUAUAUUGUAUUACAAAGUAUCAUUUAAUUUUAACGCUGCUUCCAAAAAAUUAAUCCGCUU